GCAGGUGAGGCUGCCUGUCUGACUCAGGUAGGAAAUGCAAAUGAGAUCAUUUAUAGCCGCUCUUCACAUUCUCUCUGUAUCGCUCGCUUUCAAUCUUUAAAACCAUUUGCAUCCAAGAACAGAAACAAAGACAUUUCCUCAUGACUUGAGCUGUGAGACUCGAACCCCAAAUCAUGACAAUGAGCUUCUUUGGAAAACUUAAGAACCUGCACAGCGGACCUCCAGCUCCACCCAGAAGAAGAGGGUUUGGAUGGCCACAAGAUGAGUUUGAUGAAGAGGAAGGUGACACGUAUGAAGCGCCUCCCUGUGAGCGUCCACCGGUGAAAGUCCCACAGAGACAAGUGGAAGAGGACGUUUAUCUGGAAAGGACAUCCAAUCCUGCUGUUCCACAAAGGCAGGCGGCUCCUCCACCCAGGAUGGGCAAACCUUUGAAACCUCACCAGCGUGCUAAAGAGUUCUACUUUGACCUCAACACCAAGAAACCACCUGAGGUAAACAGAAAUGACAAACCAGGGAGAAAGAAGAUGCCUCCCCCACCAGUCCGUUCUGCUCCUGCUCCAGUUCCUGAGCCCAACACUGAGGAAGAUGUGUAUCUGGAUCCAAAUGAAGAGCAGGAAGAUAAUGAUGACCUAUAUUUAGAACCAACAGCUGCUUGCUCUCCUACCCCUCGUGGUCCAAUGAGGAUGCCUCCUUCUUCCAUCCCCAUGAUGAAGCCUCCAGUUCCCAGAGCUAAAUCAAAUUCUCUCUUGCCGUCUUUGAAUGAAGUAAAAGCUCCUUCAGUUGAAGCAAGACGCGCCACAUUUCCUUCCAAAUUUCCUCCACCAGCACCCAGUGUUAAGCCUCCUCUGCCUGCAAGCCUGAAGGAAGCUAAACCCAGCCCUCCAAAUCCUCCCAUGGCCGACACUAAGCCAGCGGCCUCCUCUGCUGGUAUGAGGGCUAACAAACAAGCAGGAAAUGAGGUCAAAGACUGGUUUGCUGGAGACUGCAACAGAAAGACAGCGGAGGAUCUCUUGGGCCGAGUCAACAAGGAUGGCGCCUUCCUCAUCCGACACAGCUCGGCCCAGAACGCCCGCCAGCCGUACACCCUCGCUGUGCUCUACCAGCAGAAGGUGUACAACAUUCCCAUCCGAUUCCUGGGGGAGACACAAGGCUACGCUCUGGGAAAGGAGGGCAAGAAGAAUGAAGAGAUUUUCACCAGUCUGGACGAGAUAAUAAGUCACCACAAGAAUAAUCAGCUGUGUCUGAUUGACAGCAAGAGCCAGGCCAAGCACAUGGCGUAUUUAACUCACCCUGCACGCCCUUAAAAGCCUCUCUCAUGCUUCUUUCAAAUAAGAAGCAAUAAGAAUAAUUGCACAGUUUCUGUAAGUGAAAUUACAACUCUGUGAAAUCAGUCAUACAGUCUUUAUGUUAUUGGUAAAUAUGAAAUAGACGAUGUAACCAUUCAGUGCACUGAAAUACUGUAUAAGCAGAGUAAGCGAGGUGAAAGAAGCAUAAACGUGAAAUAUAAACCUCUGAAAUCAGUUCUGUUAUUUGAUGAGGCGAUUUUUCUGUUCUGUCAUCAGUUUAGCAGUAACUGCAAAGGUUUAUCUGUUCUUCUAGUGAGAAGGAAAAUGUGUCACUGUGUUACUGUCAGUCUCAGUCUGGAUGUUUCUACAUGAGGAAAUGAUGCUCCCUCUGCCAUAACUGCCUUUUCGUUGACUGUUUAACACAGAAACUGUACAUUUAUACUGUAAUAAGAUAUCAGUCCACAGAGAUCAUUGGUUUGCAGUUUAAAGGACAAGUUUACAAUUUUUUCAAGUCUGUUGUCUUAAAACAAAUGAACAUUGAAACAUAUUUUUUCUUGCAGUAAUCACUCCUCCUGUUCAUUCUGACCAUCCCUCAUAACACACUUUCAAUAAUUGAUAGGGGCCAAAAUGAAUGAUUACAGCAAGCAAAAACCUGGUUCAGUGUUCAUAUGGGCACUUGUUAUUUUAAGACAGACUUGAAAAAACUGAAUCUGUCCUUUAACUCCUCACCAUCACUUUGGUGCCUCCUGCUGAUUUCCAUCAUUAUGGUCGUGUGUGUGAUGAACCGUUAAACGUCUGCAUGAAUCAAUAAUUUUAAUUUCAGUCACGAGUACAGAUUUGGUGUGUAUCUUUUCCCUUCAGUUUAGUUUAAUUACUUUGAUUUUCAAUAUAAUGAAUGUUACAUGUGUCUGUUCAGUCUGGAAUACAGACGAAAAGUCAUCUGUUUUAUAUAUAGUGUCCUCAGAUUUACUGUUGUUGGCCAGUAACUAUCAGUUAAACUGGUUUAAGUGACCUAAAUGUUAAACUGACCCCAGCGUGGGGUUCUGUGGCAUAUGGAAUUCACUUAAAGGAUUAAGUACAUUAUGAAGUUUGUGUGUUGUGUGAUGUCUGAUGAAGCUGUUUCAGUAA